GACACCUGGGAGGAAGAGGGACGAGCAACAUCUUUUGCUGGAGUUUACUUCGUGUGUCUUAAAAGUGGAAUACAUGGAAUGGACUUCUUACCAUCCUUUAGCAGUAAUGGGCCUAGAAACAGAAAACAAGGUCAACACGACUGAGGAACCCACGCAUGAGGAUAUAGAGCCAAAGGACCGACGGGAAAUGACCAACGACGCGGACCACGGACUUAAUGAGCGGAACGCUAAAGAGGAAGCGGAGGAGGACGACGUGUCCACCGACCUACCGGACUGGACGCGACAGGGCCUGUCACUCAGGGCUCAGGUCAGGGGUCAGGCCAUGCACGGACCUUUUAACAGAAGGCCUAAACUCCGCUCGACUAAAAGCUUCCCCCCGUACAGUCAGCCCAUCGGGGGCCUUGGCCAGGAGAGAGAGAGCGACCCGGAGACUGAGAGCGACUACGAGACUGGUGGUUCACCUGCACCCGACGACAGCAGUCAACGGGGCGCGGGAGACGCGCUACGUCUCGAGAAGCCGGCCGCCUUUGGCUCGGACGCGUGGACCCCAGCGACGGGGCGCGACGGGGAGCGGAGGGGGGCCAUCCUGAGACGGGACUGGGGGGACGGCGUCGAGAGUACAGAAGAACGGGACGGCGGGAUGACCUUGGACGGGAGGGGGAGAAGGACGGAUAAAAGGACCUUGCAGGGGGUUAAUGGAGAGGUUUGUCAACCACAUCCCAUCCUCUCCAAACUCCUGCACUUCUCCUCCUCUGACUCCUCAAACUCCUCCUUCGGCCUCCACUCAGCCCACAGCGAGGAGGUUUUCAGCGAAGGAGAGGACACGCAGGACUACAGGCAGAACACAAACAGAAAGGGCGUUUCUUGGAAAUCCCUAAAGACUAUAAUGCAAUGGUCGCUGGGGAGAAGCAGCUCUCCCUCCUGGGUGCAACUCGCUGGGCAUCAAGGCAACUUCCAGCUGAGUGACGGCGGGGAGGUGCUGAAGCUGUUCAGCCCGACGGAGGCCACGUGCCUGGAGCUCCUGAUGAGGGACCCGCUGCGGCCCUUCGUCCCCCAGUACCACGGCCUGCUGACCCAGGGGGAGGAGCGCUAUACCCGCCUGGAGGACCUCCUGGGGGGGCUCGCCCGGCCCGUCAUCAUGGACGUCAAGAUGGGCGUGCGGACCUACCAGGAGGAUGAGAUGGUGAAGUGUCGCAGAGAGCCCACCCUGCGCAGCGACAUGUACCACAAGAUGCUGAAGGCGGACCCCGGGGCCCCGUCGGCGGAGGAGCACGAGCAGGGGGCCGUGACCAAGUGGCGCUACCUGCGGUGGAGGGAUACGACCACCUCCACCUCGACGCUCGGGUUCCGCAUUGAGGGCAUCAUGAUGGAGAACGGCAGCGUUCAGCGGGACUUUCGGAAAAUGCUGAGCUUAGCGCAAGUCACCGAGGUGCUCCUUUACUUCACCAAGAGUCGCAUAGACAUCCUGACGGCCUACCACUGUAGACUGCAGGCUUUGGGAGACGCCUUGGAUACAUCCCCCUUCUUCAGCUCCCAUGAGGUGAUCGGCAGCUCGCUCCUCUUUGUCCACGACCACAGCGGCAAGGCCAACGUUUGGAUGAUCGACUUUGGGAAGACCACCCCUUCUCCGGACCGGAUCCGGCACGACGUCCAGUGGGCCGAGGGGAACCGGGAGGACGGGUACCUCAUCGGGCUGGCCUCCCUCACCUCCUCGCUGCACCAGGCCAUCACCCUGGCCUCCCAGCAGCAGUAGGCCCACACAGGGGGCUUGAAGACAGAGGGGAGCUGCAGAGGACAGUGGGGGUGUCAGUAGAAUAUAACGUUUGCUGCUGGACGGCCCUUCAACAAAGCAAGAAUUAAACACACUUUAACACAUGCGACAACAAGUGGAUCCAACCGUACCAGAACACACUGGGCGAUGACAGGGCUCGAUAUUCCAUUAUAAUUAUAAUUACGUGUGUUCUCCUUGACGCUCAACUAUGCACAUAUUAAAGAGACAAUAUUUCAGUUUUCUUUCAUGACAACAAAUCAUGACAUAUUUUUCUUUUUUUUAAUAUGCAUACAAACAUCAAAACAUACACACCACAUGGACACCCUAGCAAAAAGAAAAACACAACAACCAGUCAUUGUUAUGACAGUAUGUGAAAAGAUUAAAACGUUUGUUGGGGCUUAGUCAAAGUUGGAACCACUCAACAAUCCGACGUUCACCAAAUGACAUGUAGACUACAAGCCCACAUAUCCACUAAAUAUCCACUUGUUUUGUACACACUUUCAAGGACAUGUAUACUCAAUUAAAACUUGCCAAAAAAUAGUAUCAUCAAUAUCAGCACACAAUGUAUUUUUGCCCUUACCAACAGGGUCCAUCCUUAUCUAACACUCACUCAGACACACGAAAAAAUACAUCUUGAUAUUUAUGGAAAUGCAAUGGUUUUUCAAUAGUUAUUAGUGAUAUUAGUGACAUUAAGGAAAAUC